AUGGACCCUACGGGAAUGAAUAACAUGUUGAGUUAUUUGGCACCUUCAGAGCUUAUCAAUCCUGUAAAGAGCUCCCAUAAUAAGCCUUCGGUGUUGGUGCUGGAUGACAGAGUUGUAGAUGCGGUAACCAAGGAUCUUUAUGUAAAUGGGUUUCAAGAAGAGGUACAGUAUCAGAACCUUACACCAGAAAACUUGCAACAUAUGUUCCACCAAGGUAUUGAGCUAUUGGACUCGGCAAGAAUGAUAAACGUGACACAUUUGGCGCUUUGGAAGCCUUCGUCUUUUAAGGUGGGAAAUCCUGUGGAGUUUGCUCUAGAUGACAACUACGAUACCUUUUGGCAGAGUGAUGGGGGUCAGCCGCAUCAAUUGGAUAUCAUGUUCAGCAAGAGAAUGGACAUUUGUGUUAUGGCUCUCUUUUUCUCGAUGAUUGCGGACGAGUCAUAUGCUCCAAGCUUAGUGAAGGUUUAUGCAGGACAUAGCCCUUCUGAUGUAAGAUUCUAUAAGAUGCUUGAAGUGAGAAAUGUGAACGGUUGGGUGGCACUGAAGUUUCUUGAUAACAGGGAGGACGACAAACUACUGAAGUGCCAGUUUAUUAGGCUUUUAUUUCCUGUUAAUCACGAAAACGGGAAAGAUACCCAUCUAAGAGGAAUAAGACUAUACGUUCCAUCCAAUGAGCCACAUCAAGAAACCCAUGAGUGGGCACAAACCCUUCCAGAAACCAGCAAUAUCUUUCAGGAUGCUAUAUUACGUUAA